AUGAUCAAAAUUCCACCGACAGAAAUUGUACAACCGGAUCAAAGUUAUUACAUACCGCAUCAUGCUGUCUUACGUGACAGUAGUGCAACUACUCGACUGCGGGUUGUUUUUAAUGCAUCCUGCCGUACCACUAACGGAACCUCGUUAAACGAUAAUAUGUUUAUCGGACCUAAACUUCAAAAGGAUUUGGCCGCUGUCAUAAUGCAGUGGCGCCAAUAUCGUUACGUAUUUACCGCCGAUAUCGCCAAAAUGUAUCGUCAAAUUUUAGUUGACUUCCGCGAUACUGAUUACCAGCGCAUUCUAUGGCGCUCUUCUCCCAGCGAACCUGUUCGCGACUACCGUCUUCUUACCGUGACGUACGGCACUGCCGCCGCUCCGUAUCUCGCUCUUCGAGUGCUAGACCAACUCGCUGAAGAUGACGGUGCUCAAUUUCCGUUGGCCGUCCCUGUUCUACGUCAUCAAACAUACGUUGAUGAUUGCGCGUUCGGAGCCGACGAUCAUAUCCUUGCACGACAAACACGAGACCAAUUAAUCGCGCUUCUCGCUAAAGGAGGCUUUCGCCUACGAAAGUGGGCAAGUAAUUCUCCAGAUCUUUUGUCAGACCUCGAUCCUGCCGAUCAUGGACUAGCCACUCACAAAGUCCUCCAAGACGAUGAACACCUUAAAGUGUUAGGAGUUAGUUGGAAUCCAAAGCUCGAUGCGUUUCAACUUCGCGUAUCUCUCCCGUCUUCGCCGGGAAAAACGAAAAGAGCUAUUCUCUCGACAAUCGCUGGGUUUUUCGAUCCGAUGGGAUGGGCCGCUCCCGUCAUCAUCGGUGCAAAGAUCUUUAUGCAACGAUUGUGGUCGAUCCAAUGUCAGUGGGACGACGACAUUCCGGGUGAACAUUUCGACCACUGGGCAACUUAUCAUCACCAACUACCGCAUCUCGAGACGCUCAGUAUUCCGCGUUGGACGACGCACGGAUCUCAUACUCUGCACAGCGCACUCCAUGGCUUUUCCGAUGCCUCAACUAUGGCUUUCGCAGCCGUUGUUUACCUUCGCGUUGUUAAUGUCGACGGCUCAAUUAACAUCUCUCUUCUCAUCGCAAAAUCGAAAGUGGCUCCCCUCAAGACGAUAAGCGUUCCCCGAUUGGAAUUGUCGGCGGCGCUCCUUCUCGCUCGGUUAGUUAAUUAUGUGCGGUCCGCUCUUCAACUUCCGAGUAUCGAAUGUCACUGUUGGACCGACUCAACCAUCACACUCGCUUGGCUAAGUCAGUCUCCAUCUCGAUGGAAAACUUUCGUUGCCAAUCGCGUUUCGAUCAUUCAGUCCUUGCUGCCUGAAGUUUCUUGGCGUCAUGUUCCAACGCAGGACAAUCCUGCCGAUUGUGCUUCUCGCGGUCUAGCUCCCCAUGCUCUCGCAAAUUAUAAUUUAUGGUGGUCAGGUCCUUCAUGGCUUUGCCAAUCUCCAGAAUCCUGGCCGACUUGCGAGCUCUCGAUACCAGCCGAGACCGCCCUUGAACAGCGUUCUCAACCACCUAUUCAUUCUUUACAUGUAACCCCUAGUUGGGAUCUCGCAUCACGUUAUUCUUCGUGGCCUCGAUUGCUCCGAAUUACCGCUUAUCUUUACCGUUUUCUUUAUCGACUCCGAUCCUCUAAAAGCGCAUCGUGUUCACAAGCGAUCCUCCAUCCCGAAGAGAUCCAGAAAGCCAAACAUUACUGGCUCCGAGUUAUGCAAUCCGAGAUGUUUUCCGUUGAAAUCUCGACUUUACAACGGCAACUUCCGUUACAAAAAACUAGUUCCUUAUCCACACUCAAUCCUUAUUUAGACGCUGACGGACUUCUUCGCAUCAGAGGACGGCUCCGUCAUGCUUGCCUUUCAGAAACGACGAAGAAUCCGCUCGUAUUACGAGCACAUCCAUUGCUAGUUCUUAUUAUUCAGCAUCAUCAUCUCAGAACGUUACAUGCUGGUCCCCAAUUAACACUCGCUUCAUUACGUAAUGAAUUUUGGAUCCUCCGAUCUCGCGCUACCGUUCGUGCUGUUCUGUAUCAGUGCGUACAAUGCACUCGUGAGCGCGCUAAAAAACCGGUCGAACUCAUGGGCGAUCUACCGGAGGCGAGAGUUAACCGUGCCGCUCGCGCAUUUAUACAUACUGGCGUUGAUUACGCUGGACCAAUCACUGUCCGAACCGCGCCCGGCCGAGGACACAAAUCGCAAAAGGCUUACAUUGCGCUGUUCAUAUGUUUAACGACCAAGGCUAUGCAUUUAGAACUUGUUUCCGAUUACAGCUCGCCGACCUUUAUUGCAGCGUACCAGCGAUUUGUCUCCCGCCGAGGACUACCGCAGUCCAUGUACUCAGACAACGGUACAACCUUUCAUGGCGCUAAUCGAGAAUUAUCCGAAGCUCACGCGAAAGCAAUUCGCGAUCCAAGCUUUCGUAAUCGUCUCGCUAGCGAUGGAACUGCGUGGCAAUUCCUCCCCCCGGCCGCACCACAUUUCGGCGGACUGUGGGAAGCCGGUGUCAAGAGCGUCAAAUACCACAUAAAGCGUUGCAUCGGCCUCCAUACAUUAACUUUUGAAGAAAUGACCACGUUUCUUUGUCGCAUUGAAGCUUGCUUGAAUUCUCGUCCGAUCGCUCCCGUCUCCGAUAAUCCUGACGAUUAUCACGCGUUAACGCCUGGUCAUUUCUUGAUCGGUACCUCUCUUCUCGCUCCCGCCGAACCAAGCGUGCUUGAAUUUAACGAGAAUCGAUUGUCGCGUUGGCAAAUGAUUCAACGUCUGACGGAAGAGUUUUGGCGGUCCUGGUCAAGCGAUUACUUGCAUUCUCUUCAACAACGCCCAAAAUGGCGCGUUAUCCAGCGACUUGCUAAAGUUGGCCAAAUAGUCCUAGUGCGUAAUCCCUUGGCUCCGCCAAGCCAUUGGGAUCUUGGACGAAUUGUCGCCUGUCAUCCAGGAGAAGAUGGCCUGACGCGCGUUGUCACGGUCAAAACCUCCCGUUCUGAAUAUAAACGACCGAUCGUGAAACUAUGCUUCUUACCUGUUGCGAUUAAUACCGAAGAAGUAAAAGAUUCCGUCAUGGCGGGCGGAAUCUCGUCUUAA